AUGUCAAGCGAUGGCGGACCUACCUUCUCUGUCAAGCUGUUCAUCGACAAGGAGAAGAAGAAGGUGCUGUUUGCAGAAUCCGACAAGGACUUCGUCGACGUGCUCUUCAGCUUCCUCACCCUGCCUCUCGGCACCAUCGUUCGUCUCUUCGACAAGAAGUCUCAGGUCGGAUGCCUCGACGAGCUGUACAAGAGUGUGGAGAGUCUCGGUGAAGAUCACUUCCAAACCAAGGCGUGCAAGGCCAUGCUUCUUGCGCCGCUCAAUGCAGCUGCAGUCCAUUGCAAUCGGCUUAAAGUGAAAGUUGUCGACAAAAAUCCUAUGUAUCGCUGCAAAAAUGCCAGUUGCCGUGUUACAGCAUUUAGCUCCGUCCCUCAUGCUAUUUGCUAUUGUAAAAACGAUGCAGUUUUUGUCAUUGGUGUCGCCAAGUUCAUCAUAACGGAUGAUCUCCAAGUUGCUCCUGCUUCCACAAGGGUCAUGUUUUCGUUGAUUGAAAAAUAUGGGAUACCAGAAAAGGAGAAUAUCCAGGAGAAGGUGAUCCAACUCAAUUCUGCCAAGAUGAUCGGUCUGCUUAGGAGAGCGCUGCUGACAAAACAAGUCUUAACUGGACUUUAUUUUGACGUUGCUAUCCUGGCAAAUCCUGCAGACAUGUGUAUGCUUUCCGAAAGUAUGUUCGCAAAACAGGCGCUUGAGACUGAACCCAAGUUCAAAGCCAUCAAGGUAAGGCUUGUUCAUGCAAAGGAUGAUUCGGUGCUAUAUGCUGAAGUUGGCAGCAAUGUGAUGCAAGUACAAGAAUUAGCUCUUCGAUGGCUUGUGAUUGGAUCCACUAGCUGUUUUGAGUUGAAUCCCAAAUCCGUUAAUGAUAGAGCCUAUAUCAAGGAUGGCCCCAUGAACUUCAUGGUGACCGACGACCUCCAGAUCCGCCCAUUUUGCUUGAUCAACACCCUCGAGUUCCUGCGCGCAUGCAAGGUUCCCAAGGACAAGCUAGUGGAGAAAGAACUCACGCUCAACAAAACCCAGGUUCUGAAGCUUGUGGGAGCUGCAUUUGGGACGAGCAAAGCACUCAGCAGCGUGCUCAUGCCUUCGAAGAAGUAG